AUGGACCCCCUAGCUUGCUUCCCACCAAGCUCCCCAUUCGCACAUUCUGCUAAGGAAAUGCUUAAUGCAAAUUCAGGGGCCAGUGCCCUGUCCCUCCCUACAUUGGACGAAGCUUUCGACAAAAAAGAUACCACAGCAGAAACUAGAAAAAUGUUUCUGCUCUCGUCAAAAUUUCAGCGAUCUAAGAAUGUCAAAUCAUUGCUAAAACAACUACUGGACAACCAGAUCAAUCAAAACGAUGGAUUCGAUUUUCAUCAAUUUGUCCUGGAGAAUGGGUACACCGUACACGAGGACAUGCGAACCGGCCUCCCCCAACUUCAGACUAGCACAGAACAUCAAGCAGAAUGA